CAAGGAGUCACUUGCGAGCUACUAACUUCUCUGUGCUCCUUGGGCUCUCAGUCUCUUUAGAUCUCUCUUUUCUUCUAUUGUUCUUGUUGUUGUUGUGUAAUCUCUGUUUUGUGCUCGUUGUCUUGUUCCCGCUUCUUGGCUUGCUUCGUUUGUCAGUGCUUCGAGCAACUCCGGCCCCUUCUACCAGAAUUAAGAUGGAAGGCCAAAGCUGUUGCUCGAGGUUUCUGCAAGCAAGCAAGCCCUACGUCGGCAUGAUCUCGCUUCAAUUUGGCUAUGCCGGCAUGAACAUCAUCACUAAGGUGUCCCUGAACAGGGGAUUUAGCCAUUAUGUUUUGGUGGUGUACCGCCAUGCCUUUGCCACCGCCGCCAUGGCUCCUUUCGCCCUUCUCCUGGAAAGGAAAGUGAGGCCACAGAUGACACUCUCAACCUUCAUGCUCAUCUUCGUCCUAGGCGCACUGGGGCCUGUUAUUGAUCAGAACUUCUAUUAUGCUGGACUGAAGUUUACUUCCCCCACUUUCUCAUGUGCCAUGAGCAAUAUCCUGCCUGCUCUAACUUUUGUCAUGGCAGUGCUCUGCAGAAUGGAGAAAGUACACCUGAAAAAGCUGAGGAGCCAAGCGAAAGUAGUGGGAACACUGGUAACUGUAGCGGGGGCUAUGCUGAUGACCCUGUAUAAGGGGCCCAUAGUUGAGCUGCCAUGGGCAAGGCAUGCCCAUGAAGCGGUACAAGGCGAGGCCGCAGCAGCAGCAGCAGCAAAGGAUUGGGUCAAGGGUUCCAUCUUUCUCAUCAUAGCCUGCCUUGCUUGGGCUGCUUUCUUCAUACUCCAGGUGGUGGCGAUGAGAAGGUACCCUGCCCAGCUCUCCCUCACAACCUUGAUAUGCUUCGUAGGGACCCUGCAGUCGAUUGCAGUGACCAUGGUGAUGGAGAGGUCCCCAUCGGUGUGGAAGAUAGGCUUCGACCUCAACCUCUUGGCUGCAGCCUACGCUGGGAUUAUUGCCUCUGGGGUUGCCUACUAUGUCCAGGGGCUUGUCAUGGAGAAGAAGGGCCCAGUUUUCGCUACUGCCUUCAGCCCCCUUAUGAUGAUCAUCGUUGCCAUCUUGGGCUCCUUUAUCUUAAAAGAAGUCAUCUAUCUUGGAGGGAUUCUUGGAGCCAUAUUGAUCGUGGCAGGAUUAUACUCUGUCUUGUGGGGGAAAUACAAGGACAGCAAGGCUGCCAAAGCAGCAGAGAUAUCAGCGGCGGCACUGCCAGUCCCAGCAAAGGCGGAUGACGAAGUUGGUGAGACUGACGACAUAGACAUGAAUGAUAUGGACCUAGAGAAGGCUCAUGCAGCGAAGAUCUCUUCCAUUGACAACUCCCUUAUCUUACAAAUGUCAGAGCAAGCCAGAAAGCCCAAUCAAGCACCACUUGCCUAAACACACACACAGAGCAGAAAGAGAGGGUGAGAGAGAGAGAGAGAGAAAGAGAUGAGAACUUUUGUGUUCUCCGACCUUUCACUAGAAGGGCCUCUCUUUUUUUCCCCUUAUUUUUUUUUCCCUUGUUUCUUUUCUUGUUUGAACUUGUCUCAAAGGGUUACGCCUUGGUGUACCGUCAUAAACUAAUGUGAGAAAACAUUAUGAAAACAGAUCUUUGAAUCUUUU